AUGACCCAAAUCGACCUGAGCGCAGCCAACACGUUGGAGAAAGUCAGCGAGUUUGCACAGCUGAAUGUCGGGUCGUACUUCAACUUUAUCGGCAUGGGGCGAAAGGGCAACCGCGUGACGGCCAACACGGACGAAUGGCGGGCGAAACUCACAGAUAUGCAAACGAUUCACAUGAAGCGGAAUAAGAUUCCGAUGAUUUUCGGCAUCGAUUCCGUCCACGGCGCCACGUACGUCGACGGGUCGGUGCUGUUUCCGCAGAGCAUCAACACAGCCGCCACAUUCAACCCGGUGCUGGCCCAAGGCCUGGGCAAGUACAUGGCGAGGGACACCAAGGCGGCGGGCAUUCCGUGGAUAUUCGGGCCCACUCUGGACGUGACACGUCACAAGCACUGGCCUCGCGUGUACGAGACCUUUGGGGAAGACCCGACGGUGGUGGCCGACAUGGGCGCAGUCGUGAUCGAGCACAUCCAACAGGAAGGGAUCGCCGCCUGCUUCAAGCACUUCAUCUCGUACUCCGAUCCGACUUCGGGCCUCGACCAAGACAACUCGGAGCUGAGCUCGUACGAAAUCCUCAACUACUUCAUGCCGCCAUUCAAAGCCGCCGUGGAGGCAGACGUGUGGAGUGGCAUGGGGACGUUCAUUGCUUUGAACAAAGUGCCCCUGGCCGCAAACGAGUUGAUGCACAGGGGGCUGCUCCGGGGGGACUUGGGCUUCAAAGGACUCAUGGUCACAGACUACAAUGAGAUCAAUUUGCUCCAAUCCCGGCACCGCGUUGUGAAAACGACGUUGGAGGCCGUGGAGCUGUCUAUGAAUACCACCUCAUACGACAUCAGCAUGGUGCCGAGCGAUGACAGCUUCAUACGAAGCGGCAAGCUCCUGGUGGCUCAAAAUCGGCUGCCCGAGGCGCGGCUACGCGAGUCAGCCUUUCAGAUCAUGAAACUCAAGUUGAAAUUGAACUUGUUCGAUGUACCCGUGCCUGGCGCGGACGUGGUGAGCCAACUGGGGGACGAAGCCAGCCAGCUCGCUGCGCUAGGGAUUGCCCAAGAGUCGAUGGUUCUUCUCAAGAACCAAGACAACGUGCUGCCCUUGACCCCUGAAAAGGCGGCGUCCAUCUUCCUCACUGGUUCGAGCGCGGAUUCCAUUGGGUUGAUGUGCGGUGGCUGGUCGCUUUGGUGGCAAGGAACGUACAUGAGUGAUGUGUUUCGUCUGGGGGCAUCCGUGCGAAAGGCGAUGGAAACGACGCUUGGCGGCCCGAUAUCGUAUUACCACGGCUUUGACACGGACGGUCUGCUUGUAAACAACGACGGCAAGGCGGGGGAUUUGGAAACUGCGAAGGCACUGGCCGCCAAAGCUGAGUACACGGUAGUCGUGCUGGGAGAACGAGCGUAUGCAGAAUUCAAGGGCAACGAUGACAAGCAGCCCCUCCCACCCGGCUUUCUCACGUAUGUCCAGGCACUCAAGUCCACCGGCACAAAGGUCAUCCUCGUGCUGGUGGAAGGACGCCCUCGACUGCUCAACGGUAUGGCGGAGCUCGCCCACGCCAUCAUCUUCGCAGGUCUGCCGUGUGAAUUCGGAGGCCAAGCCAUCGUGGACGUCUUGCUGGGCAAGGUCAAUCCCAGUGGGAAGAUGGCUAUGACGUACCCCAAGACGGAAACCUCCAUCAACCUGGCCACGCCGUAUUACAAGCGCACCACCUCUUAUUGCGUGAAAGAUGGGGCCACGUUCGACUGUCCUGCAGAAUGGCAGUUUGGCGACGGUUUGAGCUACACGAGUUUCACCUACUCGAAUGUCUCGAUCAGCACAACCAGUUUAACGUACAGCGCCACUGAAUCCAACGGCUACACGAUCUCCGUCACCGUUCAGAAUACGGGGUUGAUCCAUGGGCAAGAAACUGUGCUCCUGUUUGGAACGCCUCCAGCCACCCGCGUGAAUGCUGAAACCAAGUUGCUCAAGCGAUACACCAAGUUGUCGUUGGCCGCAGGCGAAGCGAAAGUAGUUACGUUUUCCUUGUCCCAUCAAGACUUGGGCUACUACAGCAACGACAUUGGCCACGGGCUCAAGAAGGAUGCUCCCAGUGGCAUCUAUACAUUCUUUAUCAAACAUGACACGGACUGCACGGCAACUUCGAACCCAUUGUGCAUGGCCCUCCACUGGGACAACCCAACCCAAGCAUCGUUCAAUCCCACCUCGACUUCGAAUGCCGUCGCCUCUGUCGACAAUCCCGCGGCUACUUCGACCUCCGUUAGCCCCAUCUCUAUGAAUCUCAUCGUGGGCCUAGCCACCGGCGUUGGAUGCGCGCUCGUGUUGAUGGGCAUCGCGUACAUGGUGUGCCAGAAAAAGCAGCAACGCCGACGAGGCGGCCGACGGCGCGCCAAUAUAUUUGACGAUGACGUUGUCGUGGUGAUGGAAAGCAAGGAGCAGAGGAAGAAGGACGCUGUGCUUGUGGGGGGUCCCAAAUGA